AUGUUUAUGCUAAUAGAAGAUUUUGUCUCUCCUUGGUGGGCGGUUCUGUUUGUCGCUCCUUUGAUCGUGUUGUAUGUUCGUCGAUGGUACAACGAGAAGUCGAAAGUUCGACCAGCGCGGCGAGGUGUUGAUCGAAGUUUAACCUAUACUCGUGAGUAUCCAUGUGGCUGGUACCGAAUAUGUGAUUCGAGUGAUGUAUCAAAACGACGACAAGUCAAACAUGCAUUUGCUCUUGGUCGAGAGAUGGUCAUUUUUCGAUCUGACGAUGAACCUAGUCAAGUUUAUGUCUUAGAUGCAUUUUGUGUACAUAUGGGCGCGAAUUUAGCUGUUGGAGGACGAGUUAUGCCAGGCACGAAUUGCUUACAAUGCCCGUUUCAUCUCUGGGAGUUCAGUGGCGAAGAUGGUCGCUGUACAAAGAUUCCCUACAUUGAUGGCAAAAUUCCGGAAAAAGCAAAAAUGCAAACAUACCCGUGCGUCGAACGUCAUGGAAUGGUGAUGAUUUGGUAUCAUCCAUUGAAUGAACCACCACACUACGAUGCGAUUUGUAUCGAUGAUUUGUUAACCGAUCGUUUUCAAUUUCGAGGUGUUUAUCGUUAUCCCAAUGUUCACAUGCAUUUGCAAGAAUUUGCUGAAAAUGCCGCUGAUGUACAACAUUUUCAACCAUUACACGGUCAAAUGCUCAUUCCAUGGACUGAAACGCAUGUACCGUUUGUGCACGUUUAUCAUCAAGCAUCAUUGAAAUUCGACGAUGAGAAAUCUCAUCUAGCGUAUUUCUAUGAUACAGCAAUGAUUCAACUAUUCGGCAAACGAUACGAAUCGACAAAAGUGGAUGCAUCGAUCACAUUCUAUGGACCCGGAGGAAUAACAUUAUUUCGUUUUGAUGGAAGCUUCGGUCGGAUUUAUUUAUUUCAUACGCAUACACCGACGAAUUACACUGAGUUAGAUGUGGAAUUCUUAGCUUUUGUGGAGAGAAAGAUUCCGCGAUUAUUGAAUUGGUACAUUAUUGGUAAUUGGAUCGCUCAAUGGCAAAGAGAUAUUGAUAUUUGGGAGAAUAAAAUUCACAAACGAGCACCAUUUCUUGUGAAAAACGAUGGUCCAAUUUUGAAAAUGCGUCGUUGGUAUAAUCAAUUCUAUCUCUCUAAAGAACAAAAAGAAAAUGUUCCCGAGAUAUUAGAUUGUUGGGAAAAGUAUAUUCUGCAAGAGGAAAAUAAUCCUCUUUGUGUAAUUGCUGACUGCUCAAUAGAAUUACAAAAAAUACAGUUCGAAGAAAGCGUCAUGGGUUGUUCAAUAGCGACAUUACAUUCGGUGGAACCGAAGCAUCUCUUCACUUCGAAUGAGAUUGCCUUGUUAAAACAAUCAUGGAAUGUUAUCAAAGGGCAUGAUCUGCAUAAAUUUCUUCAAAACAUCCUAAUCAAGACUACUCAUGAAAGUCGAUCAUUUCGGCAAUUUUGCAUCUCGAAAAUACAAGUCGAUGGAAAUAAUUACGACUACAGUCAACACGAUUCCUGUUUACGAACCGAUCUUAGCUGGCAGAUUGCCUUACCCGACUAUAGUGUAGAAGUAAACAACGCGAUGGAAAAAUUCCUGGCAGCGAUUAGCAAAGAAAAUCACGUGAACACCUAUUUACAACUUUUCCCAAUAAAUCGCGAUUCUUUUCCAAUCGAACACGAAACUCUGUUGAUAUUAAAGCGAUGUACACUGAAUUCGUUACAUGAACGUUUCCAAUCGACCAAUCGUGCAAUGGCCGAUGAUUAUACACGUGCUUGGGACAAAGUUUUCACUUCGGCUAUUGACCAUGUAUGCGAAUCAACUACUUCAACAACGGAAAUCAUCAUGCGAAUGAACAUCAGCAAUAAAUGA